UUGAUACGAUGGGAAGACUAUCGCCCCCUUCGCGACCUUUCUUCUCCUCUCAUGUCCGACAUCACCCUCCCUCUUUCUCUUUCUCUUUCUUCUUAUCUAUAGAGCUCUCUCACUCUCCUUUUCAAGUAUACAAAAGCUACGUUAUCUUUGAUAAUUCUUUUGUUAUUUAAACUCAAAACCCUUUAAAUGGACGCUGUAAUUGGAGGUGCUGAAGGAGAGAUUAGGGUUUAUUAUUUCAUUCCCAGAUUGAUCUCCGGCGCUAUCUCCGGCGCCCUUACUGGUCUCUUCGCAUUCGGUGGGGCCUUCACGGGUGCCAUCACUGGUGCUGUGGCGGGUAGAGCUUCUGAUUGUGGGGCCCUCCGUGGAGCUGGACUCGGUGCUCUUGCUGGAGCUGUUCUUUCUGUUGAGGUUCUAGAAGCUUCACGUGCUUAUUGGUCUCAAGAACUCUCUUCCAAUAGAAACUCAUCAAUGGCUGAUUUUAUGGAGGAGCUUCUUCGUGGAAGGUUUUCAGAGGAACGUUUUCCACCUGAACUUUUAACAGCGUAUCAUUUUCAGCAGGUGAGUAUGAGUCCUGUUGAUGUACUUGAUUUUAAUGAUGACGUGGCACACAAAGGGUUGUCAGAUGAUUCAUUGAGACGCUUACCAUGGCACAAGAUUUCAGAUGAAAGUAAACCGAAUCAAACCAUUUGUUGCACAAUAUGUUUGCAGGAUGUUAAAGUUGGUGAAAUUGCUCGAAGUUUGCCUCAUUGUCAACACAUGUUUCACCAGAUUUGUGUGGAUAAGUGGUUAUCUAGACAUGGAUCAUGCCCUAUAUGUCGACAACAUGUGUAAGUUUUUGUUAAAUAAAUUAUGUAUAAAAUUAUUGGUGUAUAUAUAUAUAUGUUUAUGUAUACAUGUGUGUGUGUUUGUGUUGAUUGUUGUAAGAUGAUGAUGUCAUUGGGAUGUGUAUAGCUUCUUGUAAGAUGGGUUGUGUUUUGUUACAAAUAUGCAAUUUAGGGUAUGUAUAUGGAGACUAUUUUGAAAUAAAUGUGUUAUUGUAUA